AUGUAUAGUGAGCCAGAAAGCAUCGACUGCCAGCAUGGUAGUGCCAGCAGGACGCAUCAGGAUGGAGAGAGAGAGAGAAGUCGGCCUUCCGAGUUGGCCUCUCGACGCCGAUGCUGCACAGCCCACCAGCGUCAUCUGCAGCACUCACUACCCAGCAUCACGAUGAAGCGGGAGGGGGCACAAGCCGACGCCGUGGCAGGCUGCAGCGCCGUGUGGAGGCAUCCCGAUGCGACCAUCUCAUCGUCUUCUGAAGAAUCCAAGCUAUCGGCCCGAUCCAACGCCUCCCUUGAAGGACGACGGAAAAAGAAAAAGAUUUCGGAUUCCAACCUGGUUGCAGCCCGGAACAAAGUUUCCAAACUUUUUUGCCUACAAAGUUGA